UCAGCGAAACGAAAUGUUUGUUUUCACUACCACUUAAUGCAUAUUUUAAACGAAAUCCUUUCAAUUCAUGUCGCUAAUUUAAGUAAUUAAUAUUUCCUCUCUCCGUGCUAGUGUUAUGUAGUGCCCAGACAUGAUGUGAGAUACGUAAAAGUGGUAAAAAAAGCACAAUGUCGGGAAAAGACAAGUGGGUCCGCCGGUUUUCAGUCGACGAGACGGCGAAACACAAAAAUGGUUUCACCAUUUACAAAAUAACUUCAGUGCUAUUCCCAAUCGAUGCUCCGGAGGCAGUGACAGUGGUCUCGGUGUGGAAGCGCUACAGCGACGUCCGGCGGCUCCACCGCAGCAUGUGCGCCCUCCACGCCGGGCUGCACCUUCCGCCGCGGGGCACCUGCACCCUGCCCAGUACUAGCUACUUCCGCCGUUUCCAGAAAGAGGUGAUCGAGGAACGGGCGAAGGCCAUCAAAAGAGUUCUGGAGUUCAUUGCCGAGCAUCGGCUCCUGUUCACGAGCACGGAAUUCGUUCAUUUCCUGCAGAGCGGGUACCCGGCGCCGUCCCCUACGCGCGGCGCCAUCGAGUCCAUCCGCGCGGCGCUGCGGCUCGCGCCCGCGCCGCCGCUGCCGCUGGAGCGGGAGCGGGAGCGCAGCCCGCAGCGCACAGGUAACCCGAGCCGUCCCCCGCGCGCGGCGCCAUCGAGUCCAUCCGCGCGGCGCUGCGGCUCGCGCCCGCGCCGCCGCUGCCGCUGGAGCGGGAGCGGGAGCGCAGCCCGCAGCGCACAGCCGUCCCCCGCGCGCGGCGCCAUCGAGUCCAUCCGCGCGGCGCUGCGGCUCGCGCCCGCGCCGCCGCUGCCGCUGGAGCGGGAGCGGGAGCGCAGCCCGCAGCGCACAGGUAACCCGAGCCGUCCCCCGCGCGCGGCGCCAUCGAGUCCAUCCGCGCGGCGCUGCGGCUCGCGCCCGCGCCGCCGCUGCCGCUGGAGCGGGAGCGGGAGCGCAGCCCGCAGCGCACAGCCGUCCCCCGCGCGCGGCGCCAUCGAGUCCAUCCGCGCGGCGCUGCGGCUCGCGCCCGCGCCGCCGCUGCCGCUGGAGCGGGAGCGGGAGCGCAGCCCGCAGCGCACAGGUAACCCGAGCCGUCCCCCGCGCGCGGCGCCAUCGAGUCCAUCCGCGCGGCGCUGCGGCUCGCGCCCGCGCCGCCGCUGCCGCUGGAGCGGGAGCGGGAGCGCAGCCCGCAGCGCACAGCCGUCCCCCGCGCGCGGCGCCAUCGAGUCCAUCCGCGCGGCGCUGCGGCUCGCGCCCGCGCCGCCGCUGCCGCUGGAGCGGGAGCGGGAGCGCAGCCCGCAGCGCACAGGUAACCCGAGCCGUCCCCCGCGCGCGGCGCCAUCGAGUCCAUCCGCGCGGCGCUGCGGCUCGCGCCCGCGCCGCCGCUGCCGCUGGAGCGGGAGCGGGAGCGCAGCCCGCAGCGCACAGCCGUCCCCCGCGCGCGGCGCCAUCGAGUCCAUCCGCGCGGCGCUGCGGCUCGCGCCCGCGCCGCCGCUGCCGCUGGAGCGGGAGCGGGAGCGCAGCCCGCAGCGCACAGGUAACCCGAGCCGUCCCCCGCGCGCGGCGCCAUCGAGUCCAUCCGCGCGGCGCUGCGGCUCGCGCCCGCGCCGCCGCUGCCGCUGGAGCGGGAGCGGGAGCGCAGCCCGCAGCGCACAGCCGUCCCCCGCGCGCGGCGCCAUCGAGUCCAUCCGCGCGGCGCUGCGGCUCGCGCCCGCGCCGCCGCUGCCGCUGGAGCGGGAGCGGGAGCGCAGCCCGCAGCGCACAGGUAACCCGAGCCGUCCCCCGCGCGCGGCGCCAUCGAGUCCAUCCGCGCGGCGCUGCGGCUCGCGCCCGCGCCGCCGCUGCCGCUGGAGCGGGAGCGGGAGCGCAGCCCGCAGCGCACAGCCGUCCCCCGCGCGCGGCGCCAUCGAGUCCAUCCGCGCGGCGCUGCGGCUCGCGCCCGCGCCGCCGCUGCCGCUGGAGCGGGAGCGGGAGCGCAGCCCGCAGCGCACAGGUAACCCGAGCCGUCCCCCGCGCGCGGCGCCAUCGAGUCCAUCCGCGCGGCGCUGCGGCUCGCGCCCGCGCCGCCGCUGCCGCUGGAGCGGGAGCGGGAGCGCAGCCCGCAGCGCACAGCCGUCCCCCGCGCGCGGCGCCAUCGAGUCCAUCCGCGCGGCGCUGCGGCUCGCGCCCGCGCCGCCGCUGCCGCUGGAGCGGGAGCGGGAGCGCAGCCCGCAGCGCACAGGUAACCCGAGCCGUCCCCCGCGCGCGGCGCCAUCGAGUCCAUCCGCGCGGCGCUGCGGCUCGCGCCCGCGCCGCCGCUGCCGCUGGAGCGGGAGCGGGAGCGCAGCCCGCAGCGCACAGCCGUCCCCCGCGCGCGGCGCCAUCGAGUCCAUCCGCGCGGCGCUGCGGCUCGCGCCCGCGCCGCCGCUGCCGCUGGAGCGGGAGCGGGAGCGCAGCCCGCAGCGCACAGGUAACCCGAGCCGUCCCCCGCGCGCGGCGCCAUCGAGUCCAUCCGCGCGGCGCUGCGGCUCGCGCCCGCGCCGCCGCUGCCGCUGGAGCGGGAGCGGGAGCGCAGCCCGCAGCGCACAGCCGUCCCCCGCGCGCGGCGCCAUCGAGUCCAUCCGCGCGGCGCUGCGGCUCGCGCCCGCGCCGCCGCUGCCGCUGGAGCGGGAGCGGGAGCGCAGCCCGCAGCGCACAGACCAACCAGAGACCCGCGACGAAACAGACUUCGCAUCGAUCCCCCAAAUCCCAAUCUACGAAGCGGCCGUCGUCGAAAUCAAGCCGCACUCCUCCACCGAAUCCCUCAACUCCCUCGAGAGCCUCAACGACGACCUAUACGACCAACUCUCCAAACUCACCGUACAAAAUAAAAGCGCUGUCAAAAAUAAGCUACCAGAUUUGAUUAAUUUCGACGCGCCAUCUAGCUCCCGCUUAGAGAACUACGUCCCAAAGCAAUCAGAAACUUCGUCCUUAAAUUCUACGCUUUCGAGUCGAAGUAACAGUCGAAUGUCGUUGUACAGUAAGGCGUCCCUGUCUAACGUGGACAGUAAGACGAGGACGGAGGACAGUUAUGUUUUCGAAGCCGGGUAUUUGUUGAACAUGGCGGCGCGGUGUGAGGAUAUGAGGGAGUAUCGGAGGGCGUUUGAUUUUUACAAGUCGGGGAUCGAGAAGAUGCUGGUCGGGGUUCAGACGGACUCGGACCCGCAGCGGCGAGCCCUCAUCAAGGAGAAGACCAACAAGUACCUCUCCUACGCCGAGGAGAUCUACAAGAACCAUCUCUGCGACGCUCAUGAAAGCCUGAUACCAGAGCCGGAGCCCACACCCCUGCACUGUCCGGUACCAUUAUCCAUGCUGCGCCGCCCGUACGAAGAUUUAGCACUGUACCGGGUGCUAGCCGUAGUGGCUGACACCAUGAUGCUAGUUCUGCACAAGGCCGAACAGGCCUGCUACGCUAUGAAGGUACGUCACACCAACGCCCACACCCCUGCACUGUACGUCACACCAACGCCCAUACCCUUGCACUGUCCGGUGCCGUUGUCCAUGCUGCGCCGCCCGUACGAAGAGCUAGCACUGUACCGGGUGCUAUCCGUAGUGGCUGACACCAUGAUGCUAGUCCUACACAAGGCCGAACAGGCCUGCUACGCUAUGAAGGUGAUCCAAAAAAUCCCCAACAACCUAACAGAAUUCGACGAAUACUUCCUCCAGCGAACCAACGAGACCCGCCAACCCGUCCUACCCACCAGCAUACCAUACAUGGUUCCGCUCCACGCCUACAUCGAAACCAACUCCCUCAUCUUCCUCAUACUCACUUACGCGCCGGGCGAAAAAUUACUAGACUAUAUUAAAAACUAUGCUAAGUCUAUACCAAGUACGCCAGCGAGAGAAGUUAACUUGGAGAAUGUGUUCAGUGAACCGAUGAAGAAAGUCGAGGAGGUUAAGGAGGGGGAUGAGGUUGAGGAGCUGGUGAAGAAUUCGCAGACGCUGCUGAAGAAUGUGGACAGAGCGCUGCGUGAGGAGGAGGAGGUGAAGGAGGAGAAUGGGAGAGAGGAGUCGCCUACGCAUUUUAGAUUGACGCCGAUGCCCCGGUGCGUACUCCCGCCGUCGGCCGUGCGGAGCUGGGCCGCGCAAAUACUCACUGCGUUAGAGAGUUUGCACAACGCUGGAGUUAUCUGCAGAGACCUGAACCCGUCAAACAUUCUCCUAGGGGACGGUGGACAAGUGAUCCUCACCUACUUCGCGGGCUACCCGCCAGACGUGUCCCUCCCACAACGAUCACUGUCCAUGUCGUCGGGUCGGAUAGACCUAUUCGUCGCACCUGAAUUGUAUAACGUCUGUGCGGAAAUUGGGGACGAGAGAUUGUGCGAUUUCUGGAGUUUUGGGGUCAUUAUGUAUGAGCUGCUGUGUGGAGUGCCGUUGUCGCACUACCACAAGAGCGUGUUUACGAGCCACACCGUGUUGUGUCUGCCGGAGGAGCUACCCGUCGAAGAAGAGUCUCUGCUCACACAGCUGCUCACAUAUAAUCCCGCCGAGCGUCUCGGCCGCGACGGCGUCGACGAGAUCAAACAACACCCGUACUUCCGACACACAGACUGGACACUUGUACAGAACGACUGGCGGGUACCCGGCUGAACAUGGUCACAUGGUAGACUAUGACCAUGAUACGGCAAUCUUUUAAAGUAGGUAGGGUAAUUCGCCAGUAACUAACUGGUAACAAAGUAAAUGGCCGCCCUAAACUAAAAAUGAAUUCUAUUCACCUAUAAACAGAUUUAUUUUAGUAUAAGGUUUCAAUAACUGGCCACCUUAUACUAGAAUGAAUUCUAUUUAUAGGUGAAUAGAAUUCAAUUUUGGUUUGGAGUGUCCAGUUAUUGUAGAAUUACCUACUACCGCUUGUAUCAGGCAAGGCAGCUGGUAAAGAAUUGCGGUGAAUUUCUAGUUGAAGGUUGAGGUUUAGGAAUGAAAGUUAUUAUAAUAUACAUGUUAAAUUUUUAUACAGUCGCCAUCAGAUGUAUCGGAGCGGCCAAGGUGCUUACAAUAUCUGAACACGCCUCUAUUGUCAAGGCGUUAGUGUUCAGAUAUCUUUGAGCACCUCGGCCGCUCCGUCCGAUAUAUCUGAUGGCGACUGUACAAGAAGUAGUUGUUAUUUCAGUAGAAAUUUACAAGCGCCCAUACUCGCGCAAUACAUCGCAAUAUAAGCAUUUAGAGAUUUCCAUCUGUAUGAAAUAAAUUGUGACGUUCCACGGCAAAAGGUACCUUAUGGCGGCUGGCGCUUACGUCGCAUAGCGCCGCAAUAAUAUUGGAGCGGCGUUAAUAAUAGCGUAAGCGCCAACCGCCAUAAGGUACCUUUUCCCGUGGGACGUCACAAUUAUUUUGUGAAUUCAGUUCCUUCAAAAUUAAAGCGAGGCUAAAAAUUAAAUUUCGUCACAAUUAUGUGAAAAUGAAUCUCCUGAAUUGUUGUUAUUUUAUAUAUUUAUUUAGAUUUUUCUUAAUUUAUAUUUUUUUACAGAUAUUCAUUUUUAUGCGCUUUGCCACACAUAGGGAAUGCAAUCCCGCAUGAGGAACUCAAUCCCGGUAUUCCGCGGGAUUGCCAUUUUAAGUCCCGCGGGAUCCCGGUAUUUGCGGGAUCCCGCAAAUUAGUAUACAAUUUUACGAAUUAGUACUAAAUUUGAAGGUUGAAAACAAAAAGUAAACUAAAAUUAGAAAUAGUACAUUUUGUAUUAAAAGAAUACGGUAUAAUGACAGUAAUCAAGAAUUUAAGAACGUGUGUAAAGGCUUAAUUAACGCGAUUUCGUAAGUCCUGUACCACUCAUGGCACACACAAUGUUUUUCAUCACACCUGUGAGGAAAAAAGAGGGAAAACAAUAAAAAAUCUGCCUAAUUUCGGACGUACCUACAUAACAAAAUUCCCUGGGUACAAAUUUAAAAUUUACGUACCGCGUCGCCUACGUAAAAUAACACCUUUUACGAGCAAGUGUGAUGAAAUAAAUAGACAAAUUCGGGCAAAAUGCUCUUCCGUGUCUUUCCACCAUAGAUGCAUUUAGGCUCCGUGAAGAAUUUUCGCCAGUAGGCACGUGCCCGAGCCUGUGUUCCUUGUAGUAACACGUAAGAACCAUGUCGCUCUUCGAUCCCGCAAAUCCCGCGGGAUCCCGCUUAAUUUACGUGCGGGAUUAAUCCCGCAAAUUGCAUGCGGGAUCCCGGUAUUUCGGGAUCCUGGUAUCCCGGUAUUGCAUUCCCUAGCCACACACAAUGAGUGUUGUCAAGGCUAGUAUUUAGAUAUUUUUGAACUCUUGUCUGUUUACAAUGUAUUUAAUGGGACUGUAAAGAUGGUACAGUCAGCAGCUGAUUACAGUUACUGACUAUACAGAAUGGAAUAACUGUUUGGAUCUUAAAUCGUGAAAUUGAGCAAAUACCUAUUAGUAUAUUGAGCCUUAAACUAUGGUCCAAAAAAUAUAAAUGAUAAACCUAGUGUUUUCGAGUAGAGUUAAACUUAGGUCCUAAAAAGGGACCUUCAUUUGGUCUAGUCUAAUUAAAAUUGUACAGACCCUAUUUGGAAGUAUUAUUAAUGAUUCUGAUAUUCUUUGUAAUGUUAAGGUCUGUUUAUAGCCACAUGCCUAUAACAUUUAAUCUAAAAUGACAUGAAUUUAUUAGUGGUUAGACUGGUUAGGUUUAGUCUGCUCUCGAAACUAACCUUUGAAAAUAAAUCACCGCUAACAGCCUUACAGCUGAGUUAUAUACAACCUCUAACGGCCCAGAGACCUAAAAAAGGCGUUCUAUGCCAUUGUAUUUUCAAUCUUAUCUCAGGCAAAAUAGAAUUGCAUUCGUCUUGGUACAUUUUAGAGUGUAAGUUUCUAUUAACUUUCUCUGUCACAUAGAGAUUGAGAUUAAUAUUAUUCGGACUUGUAAUUCCAUUUUUUAGUCAAAGCAUUACUAAAUACGCGUAUAGUGGAGAAAAAUAACCGCGGUGACAACCUAGUUAGGUACCAAGUAAUAACUAUACCUAUGGCGGUCCCAUCUAUUUCAGCUGGCUAUUUUUUGCACUAUUAUACCUGACACAACUUUAGUAUUCCUUCGUCUGUUGCUCAUAUUGUUAUACUACUUAUUCGUUUUGCACCAGAUUUUCGGUGAAUUACUGGAGAAAGAUUUUUGAAAAUGCAAUUGACGCAAUUGUAGUUUUGAGAGCAUUCUAGUUUGUUAUAUUUAACAUUCGAACGUGCUUAGAAUAUUAUUAGAAAGUGUACUUAAGAACAUAGCUCCUAGUCUCCAAAGAUUGUCUGUCCACAACAUAUUGAACUGCACUCCAGAGCCCGAAGUCACGUUAAGGCUAAUAUGAACCAUAAAGUGUUGGCAUUAAGGUGUAUUAUCGCUUUUCAAACAAAGUGUUCUUUCGUCAUUGUGGUUCUGAGUUACUUUCGAUUAUAAUCAGGGGUGCGAAACUCCUGAGAUCGGUCAAACUCGGCUCCGCUCGGCUCAGCAUUGCUCCGAGCAAUUAUUAGGGUUGGCACCACUUGACUUCCUUCUGCGUGCACGACCACAGAUAAGAUAAUCACUUGAAUUUUGACAACCCUAAAUAGCCGAAAGGGAUAGUGUCAUAUAUUAGAAAGGGAUAGCAUGAUUCGACCCUGAACCGCUGUCAAACUUCGGUUUUGUAGGAAGCUUCCUUUCUGUACGGUAGUACUAUUAUUUAUUCUGUGUUAUAAUUGUAUUAUUUGUAUUCUGAAAUGUGGACAGAUUUAAACAAAAUUGUAUCGAAAUUCCGAUUGUAACUGAAGUAUUAUUAAUAUUAUAAUAUAAAUAUAUUUAUUGAGUAGUGUUAGUACAAAUUAUAGCGUUUUUAUAUAUUUAACGUAUAUAUAUUGUUAGGUGUAGUUGUAUAUUGGCUUGAUCUCAAUUUAUUUGCGUGCUGGGAUGUAGAUGGCGCUUAUAUUAGUUUUACAUUUGGAUGAAUUAUACUAUUAUGAAAUAAGAA